CUCAUCGCUAUUUGGGACAGUUUGCCGAACAAUGAAAAGGCCCAUUGUCGAUCAGAAAUGCGUGAGGCGAUCGCUGUUCUGAGGAGUAUCAGGGUUGUUUGCUUGGACAAGAGUCAACAUAACAUGAUGUAUGAUAGAGCCACUGGGCUUAUAAUGUUGAUUGGCUUUGAGGUGAUUCGGCUCAUUAAGCCAAACUCGUACAUCAGAGACAUGCUACAGCUGUGGUCAAUCUUCGCUCCCCCCCCCGACUGGCCGAAUCGCCAUCUUGGUGGUUAA